AUGGGUACAAAUGGGGUUCAUGGUGUGCCUGCAGCAAAGAAGGAAUUUUGUUCCACCUGGGGCAAAGGGCAUAUCUCAACUUUUGAUAAACACCUGUAUGAAUUCUCUGGAACUUGCAAUUACAUAUUUGCCAGUGAAUGUGAUACUGUCUCCCCGGACUUCAACAUCCAGUUCCGCCGUAAUCAGAAGAACAAAAUCGCAAGAAUCAUCAUUGAGAUGGGAUCCACUGUUGUCAUAGUUGAAAAUGGUAUCAUAUCAGUGAAAGAUGUUGGUAUAAUCAGGCUGCCAUAUACCAGAAAUGGAAUUCAGAUUGCGCCUUUUGGCUACAACAUCCGUCUUUCGGCUAAGCUGCAAGAGAUUGAACUAGAGGUUUCUUGGAACAAUGAUGACUAUCUCAUGGUCUCAAUUGAGGAAAGAUACAUGGGUAAAACGUGUGGACUAUGUGGGAACUAUGAUGGACAAGAACUAAACGAGUUUCUGAGUGAAGGUAAACUGCUGGAUCCAUACAAAUAUGCUGCCUUGCAAAAAAUGGAUGAUCCUACCGAGAUCUGCCCAUUUGAGCAGAUGACAGCUUCUAAUGUUCCUCACAAGAAAUAUGCCAGGAUCUGUGCCCACCUUCUAAGCAAUGUAUCUUCAUCGUGCAAUAUCUCAAGGAAAGGAUUUGUCAUCCGCUGCCAACUCGACAUGCAACACUGCAGAAACCCAGGGCAGAGAAAUUGUACUUGCGCUACCCUUUCGGAAUACUCCAGACAGUGUGCCAUGUCCCUUCAGAAAGUGCUUGAUUGGAGAAGCAGUGACUUCUGCUCUCUCAAAAGAUGUCCAGCUAACCAAAUCUAUAAAGAGUGUGGGUCUCCCUGUCUUAAAACGUGUUCCAAUCCAGAACACAGCUGUGCCAGCUAUUGUACAUAUGGCUGUUUCUGUCCAGAAGGUACUGUUCUAGAUGACAUUUCAAGAAACCGAACCUGUGUUCCUAUCGAGCAGUGUCCAUGUACAUUGAAUGGUGAAAAAUAUGAUCCUGAUGAUGUCAUGACAGCACCAUGCAGAACAUGUAAAUGUAAAAUGGGCCAGUGGAGCUGCAGAGAACUACCAUGUCCAGGCAUGUGUUCCUUGGAAGGAGGUUCAUUUGUCACCACUUUCGACUCUAGGCCAUACCGUUUCCAUGGAGUUUGCACCUACAUUCUUAUGAAGAGCCCAAUGUUGCCACACAAUGGAACCUUGAUGGCUGUAUAUAAAAAAUCUGGAUAUUCCAGUUCUGAGACGUCGUUGAGUGCUAUUGUUUAUGUCUCUUCACAAGACAAAAUUGUGAUUUCCCAAAAUCAGGUCUUAACUAAUGAGGAUGAACUUAAGUGGCUGCCUUAUCAAUCAGGGGACAUCACUAUCUUCAAACAAUCAUCUACUCAUAUUCACAUGUACACAGAAUUUGGGCUGGAGCUGAUCAUUCAAAUUCUGCCGGUGCUACAAGCUUAUAUUAAAGUUGGCUUUCAGUUCAAAGGCAAAACCCAAGGAUUGUGUGGUAACUACAAUGGAGAAACUUCAGAUGACUUCUUAACCAGCAUGGAUAUUGUUGAAGGAACAGCACCUCUCUUUGUGGAUUCCUGGAGAGCAGGGAAUUGCCACCCUGCCUUAGAAAGAGAUACAGAUCCUUGUUCUAUGAGUCAAUUGAACAAAAUGUGUGCAGAGACCCACUGCUCCAUUCUUAUAAAGAAGGGAUCAUUAUUUGAGAAAUGUCAUCCUGUGGUGAAUCCUGCUCCAUUUUAUAAGAGAUGUGUAUACCAAGCCUGUAACUAUGAGGAGACCUUUCCUUAUAUUUGCUCUGCCCUGGGAUCGUAUGCACGUGUGUGUGCUUCCAUGGGACUGAUUCUUGGGAACUGGCGGAGCAGCAUAGACAACUGCACUAUCUCUUGUACUGGAAAUCAAACAUUCAGCUAUAGCACUCAGUCCUGUGACAGGACAUGCCUGUCUCUCUCCAGCCGAGAUUUAGAAUGCCACUCCACUGACAUCCCUAUAGAUGGCUGCAAUUGUCCAAAAGGGACCUACCUGAACUACAAAAAUGAAUGUGUCCGUAAAUCCCAGUGCCCUUGCUACUUGGAAGACAGACAGAUCAUUGAGGCUGAUCAGUCAGUCGUAAUUGGUGGAAUUACGUG